AUGCCGUCCGAGCACGAGGGCGAGUCCCCCAAGGGGCUGGCGGUCGACGAGUCCUUUUCCGACCGAACUUCGGCAACGUCACCGCACGGCAAGGAGAAGGCGCCAUGGUGGUCCUACAUCUGGGACUACGAGCCGGGCCGCUCCCACGAGGAACGCGUGUUCAUUCAGAAGUUGGAUGUCUUCCUCAUCACGAUGCUCAGUUUCGGAUACUUCAUCAAGAACCUGGAUCAGACCAACAUCAGCAACGCUUUCGUGUCCGGCAUGAAGGAGGACCUGUCCAUGAACGGAAAUGAGCUGAACCUGGUCGACACGGCGUGGACUGUGGGUUACGUCGUAGGGCAGAUCCCUUCACAGAUUGUGUUGACGAAGGUGCGCCCGUCGAUCUGGGUGCCGUCCUGCGAGCUUCUGUGGACCGUUUUGACGUUCUGUCUGGCGGCGGCCAAGACUUCGAACCAUGUCAUUGUGAUUCGGUUCUUUGUGGGGUUGGCGGAGUCGAUCUUUUACCCAGCUGCGCACACGAUUCUCGGAUCGUGGUAUAAGCCGUCUGAGCUGGGUAAGCGAGCGUGUAUUUUCCACGCUUCCUCCGCGGCUGCUAGCAUGUUCUCGGGUUAUCUGCAAGCUGGCGUGUACAAGGGACUGAAUGGUGUCCACGGUCUCACGGGCUGGAAGUGGCUUUUUAUCAUGGAUGGAAUCAUCAGCCUGCCAAUUUGCAUCGCUGGAUACUUCCUCAUUCCAGAUCUUCCAGAAAACACAAGGGCGUUCUACCUAAAUGAGAAAGACCGAGAGAUGGCACGAAACCGUAUGAAUGCCGUCGGGCGUGCGCCUCGUACUAAGCUUGGACUCUCAGCUUUCAAGCGCAUUUUCGGGCGAUGGCACGUGUACUACCUUACGAUUCUUUACAUCAUCUUCAUCAACAUUGGGCCUUCCAGCAGUGUCAACCCGUUCUCACUUUGGCUCAAGUCCAAAGGAGAGUCUGUCGAGAAGAUUAACAUCAUCCCCACAGCAGCCUCAGCGAUUCAGCUCGUCCUGACUGUCUCCUUCGCAAUUAUCUCCGACGCCAUUCGUCACCGCGCCAGUAUCAUGUCAAUAUCUACCUUCCUCGGAGGUUUCGCUGCUCUGCUGUUGGCAAUCUGGAACAUCCCAGAUGGCCUGAAAUGGUUCGCCUUCUUGCUUCAGCGCGCUUCCGUGCCAUAUGGACCGCUGAGCAUGAGUUGGGCAAACGAAAUUUGCGGUGCCGAUGCGGAGGAAAGAGCCAUCGUUAUCGGCAUUAUGAACUCACUGGGUUAUGCCUUCAACGCGUGGGUGCCGCUGUUGACGUACCCUCAGGUUGACGCGCCCAAGUUCAGGAAGGGCUUCAUUUUCAGCACCAUUGCGUUUGGAGCCCAGGCGGCCAUCACGGCCACCGUGGCGUACCUGUUCAAGAGGGAGAAAAAGAAGACGAAGAGUGAGAGGGAUGAAGAGGGAAGGGAGGCAACUGGAGAUAGGCGUUUGGAAUAG